AGUACUUGAAGACGGAAGUCCAAGAGUAGAAAAAAAUAAACAAGGGAAGCACAACCCCCUUUCUUUCAUAUGAACAUUGAGAUAGAUACGCAAUUUGACUUUUUACUAUAACAUAGGUCCAAUUUUUCAAUAAAAACCUUUCGUAAAUAUCUUGAGGAAUAACAUGUUUUUGAUAUGUAAGUAACUAUAUCUAUAUUAUUGACUUCAGUCGACUUUAAAAAAAAAAUAAAAUACUCAGCUACCCUGACUCAGCCUGACUGAUGACUUGACUCAGUCAGUAUCAGUGAGAGACUGACUGAAAUAAUUAUAUAACUUAUUUUACUUUUAAGUUUAGUAUAAGUUUAUUAGUUAGUCCUACGUAGAGUGCAAUUAUUCCUUCCUCACACAGGCCUCACAGAUUGAACUAAGUAGAAACAUAAAAAAAAAACAUAGUUACAUAGUUACCACUUGAGGUCUUGCUAUAGUAUAUAUUAAAUAGCCGUAAAUUUUGACUAGGAUUGCCACUAUUUUCUCAAUGGCCGCCAUCUUGGUCAACACGUCAUGUGAAGUCAUCCCUAUGCCUAACCUGAACCCUAAAUCGAUCCGUAUGCCUAGAUACUUUGGUCAAAAAUGUAAACAUUUUUUAAAAAUAAACCAAUGGCACAGUUGAAUAGAGCUAAUUUUAAACAGAAUUAUAACACCAAAAUCAUAUUUUUAGUUGUUGUAGUUUUAAAGUUAUGAAUUUUUAAAGUACGACUUGGUUUGUCAUUUUUUAACAUGGACUGCAUCUCCACAUUCUGUGACCUCAUUCCACUGAUCGCGUCAUGCGCAAUGACUAUAUAGUUUAUAUAAGGCAACGCAUUCCCUAUCACUAAAAUACUGUUUAGGGUCGACUUAUUUUAAACUUUCAACUUUGGCACAUGAAUAAUUAAUAAAAGCUUUCCCUGACCAAUGGUUUAAUAGCUUUUGCACACGGCAAACUCUUAUGAAUGAAACUCUGAGAUAGUACUACGACGUAGCCGUUAUGCAAGUGGCUGUGAAUGGUUGCCAAUGACAACGUGUUGCACAGGGAAAAUUCUGAUCAUUUAUAAUAUGGACUCUGCAGGGUUUUUAAAGCUCAAAUUAAAACAUUUCCAGUUUAAAUGUCUUCAAAAUGCAUUCUGAAACACAAAAUAUAAAAUAUUUUGAUGUAUAUAGUGGUAAUAAUUAAAUAUUUCCUAAGUAUCGGCAACUUCCGCCAUUAAAAAGGGGGCGUGGCCCACGCCAUGUCGAAAUUAGGCUGAGCCACCUUAUGGUGAUAUGGGUCACUGUGACAAGUGUAACAAACGUGAGACACGACCUACAUCAAUGAAACUUGGCACAGAUAUAGAUCAAUAUCUAAUGCUCAUACAGAUUUAAUCAAAAAGGACCUUAUAUUAUUAUUUCACAAAAAAUUUUGUAUGCAAAGAUGCCUUAUAUAUACCAAAGAUUUUCAAAAUAAAGGUCGAUUGAAAAAAGCAAAAUAGCUGGCUAGAAAUGUAGGCCAAGAUGUCUUCCAAAUUAUAAGGCCGGAAACGGAACUCAAAUAUAUGUGGAAAGAACUAAUUUAAUAAUAAAUAGACACACACAUCGGAAAAUUAAAAACUCGGAUUUUUCGGCGCCGACAGCCAUUUCCGAUACAAAAAAAUAGUAGUCUCCCUUGUUUCAUCAAAGUAUCUAGUAUGCCUAACCUGAAACCUUAAAUCGAUCCUUAUUCCUAACCUGAACCCUAAAUCGAUCCCUAUGCCUAACCUGAACCCUAAAUCGAUCCCUAAAAUAAUUUAGUAAAAAUAAACAAUGGGAAGUCAAUCCCUGGAAAAUAAGUCCAGGCAAUCGUAACUAGGAUUAGAUUAAAUAGCUUACUUAAUAAGUUAAUUAAAAGGUUAUUGCUUCAUUAAGAUAAAAUAAAAUUCUUUUAUUGAUCCGAAUGGAUGGAAAUGUUUUUUUAUAAAUAAUCCAAGAAAAAAUCAGAAAAGUGAAAAAAAAAAAAAUUUAAAAUUACACAACUUAAUGUAUCAUUGUAUGAUCAAAUUAGGUAUGAAAAUGAAAAGAUAAUAGAAUAGGGGCCUAUAGACUAUCUAUUAUCUCCUCAAAAACGGUUGCGGAACAUAAAUUCAUACAAAUAGGAAAGGAAAAGAUUGCAGCUUGUGCCAAACUGUCUUUUCAGUUUGCGCUAUGUGCACAUCCAUGUGUUUUCAACAUUCUGUGUGUGGAAACUAGUAUCAUUUGCAUGAUUUGGAUAAUCAACAUUUUGUUAAUGCAUUGCAGCAGAGUGUUCAUAUAUUCCACGUCUGAUAUGGUUUAUGUUAGCAUAAGCUGUCCGAUACAAUCAGUGGUAAAUGUGAAGAGAUAGCACUGCGUUGUUUUUUUUAUCAUGGCCGCCAUCUUGGUUAUGGCGACCAACAAACUUAUGUCCUAAAUUAUCCUUAAACCUAACCUGAACCCCUAAAUCUGUCCCUAAACCUAACCUGAACCCUAAACUUAUCCCAAACCUGGGUUUUGACCCUAUCGGAACCAGGGUUUUUACCCUAUCGGAACCAGGGACAAUGAAGUCAGGGUGCUUUCUCUUCAGAUUAGCCCAAUCAGUGAGCCUGGAAUGAUAUAUCUUUCUAUACACUUCUGUAAAGUAAUGGCACCUCGACUAGAAACAACUACCACUUUCUCAUUCUAGGCCACUGAAAACUCUGUGGCCCUCUCUCCAUGAAAGAUGCAUAAGUCGAGGAAUAGUUCUACUAACUUAAUAAAAAUUUCAAACAAUGAACGUUGGUUAUUCUCUCUCACUUAAUUUCAUUGAUACCUAGUGUAUUCAUUUUGACCUUGACCUUAUUGACUAGUGAUAAACAAAUAAAAAAUGUAAAGCCUGGUGCAAAAUUGAGCAUAGCAACUUUACUAUGUCUCUUAGAUAUGCAGGAAUGCCAGGAAUAUCUAGAAGACCUGUGAUUACCCUCUUCCCUUGUGUAGUCGCAUUUGCAGGUUUAGUGCACAUACUGGCCUAUAAUUAUGAUAGAAGCAUUUAUUAUUCAUAUUUAUGAUAAAAUAUUUUAUAGUUAAAUACAAAAAGACAGCGUAUGUUAGUUUAUACUGGAAUUAAAGGACCAAUGAAAUUGAGGCUUAGUUAUAAUGCUAUCGUUAUGCACCACUACUAUUCUAAGAUUAGUCCCACAAUCUAAAUCUAAGCUAAACUAUUUUUUUUUAAAUGUACGCCACGUUAGGCCUUAUAGAACAGUUUAACAAGUUUAUAAUAAUUUAGGGUAAGGUAUGCAUUUAAAGUUAGUAGUUUAAAUAAUGGGUGAGUUUUUAUUAGCUCAAAGUAGUUCUGUAAUUGGCUAGAAAGCUGUGACACUAUGAAAACACUCUUAGAGAAAGUAAUUAAAAAACAACAAAAUUAUAGUAGAUCACAGUGAAUCAGUUGUUUAAAAAUAGUUAUAGUCAAACUAAGCCAAACUGUGUGUAAUAUAGUUGAUCUUUUAGUCAUACAUAACAUAUGAUAUUUUAUUAACAAUACAGAAAUGAUUUUGAACAGGAAUAUUUCAUUAACUAAUAUUACUAAUAAAAAACGCUCGAUGCUGCUAGGUGCUGUCCAUGGCUAGACAGGGGUAGAUAGUACUUGAGUGGGUGAGGUCAAGCCUUCUACCAUUUGUUGUUUUUAUUUGUAUACUUUUCUGUAAUUGCUAAUUUUUAUGUGAAGCCCAGUGAGCUAUAUAAAACCACCUAAAUAAUAAUAAUAAUAAUAAAUUUUGAGAUAGCCAUUUAAAAACAGCGGAAAGGACCCAUGGAAAUGGAAUAUCAUCUAGCCAUUAUUUAAGCUAUCUCAUGCCAAUUAGACUUAAGUUAAAUCCUGUAUUGUUAUUAUUAAAAUUCUUACUUUAUGAUUACUUUUACUUUCUUUGUUCUCGUAAAUCUGAACAAGAAUUGCAAUUCAAGCAUUAUUUUAAGUUACCCUUGAAUAUUUUUUCCCCAAAAUAAUUUGAAUAUUGUCCAAUCAAACAAUAAUUUUAAAGGCAGCAUUCGUUGUGGUUAAAUGGAGACUUUCAAAAUAUUAGAGUAUUAACCCAAUUUAUCCCAUGUCUCAAUCUGUUACAUGAAAUUUAGGACAUUAAAAUAUCUUAACCCUGAUUAACAUUCCUCAUUUAGGAUGACAAUCAUAUCUUAUUCUCAUUUCAACCAUUAGGCAUUUUUAUAGUUAUUGAAAUAUUUCUUUUUAAAACAUUCUGAAAAGCAUUAAAAAGUAACAUUUACUCAGCAUAGUUUUUUUGCCAAUGAAUGUCUCUGCAUACUUAGUUUGUGAGACAUGCUAAUUAUAUGUGGAUAAGUGUGUCAAUUAGUCAGAAGAAUGUUAACAGGAUGUGUCAGUUAGUUUAACCAUUGUAUGAAUCAGCUAUCAGACAAGUCAACAUUUCAUUGUCGAGUGUUUUGGGAAGGAUGUCUGAGAGAGAAUAUUUUUAUAACUUAUAUUACCUGGUAAGCUCUUAUCUGACAUCUUCACAAGUGAACAAGAGACAAUAUGAUGGGGGGAUAAACUGUGCGUCAGUUGAAUUAUGAUGGAGGACUUAGGAGGAAAUUCUUUAUAAGAAAGAAUAACGAAACCUGUUUUGUGUUGAUCUCUAUAAUAAUAGUAUAAUUUUAUAAUAGUGUAAUAGUAUUAUUGUAUAGUAGUAUCAUUGUAUACUAGUAUAAUUGUAUAGUUGUAUGACUGUAUAAUGGUAUCAUUGUACAAUCUUUAAAUGAGUCUGUUAUCUGAAGAAGUCUACACCCAAUCAGAUAUUAAUCCUUCUUUCAUGGAAAAAUGGAUUUUAUGAAAAAAUUUGUCUACCCGAUGAGGAGGAAAAAAAUUCGAUGUUCAAUAAUUAAAAUUGAGCUUAAGAUUUUUCUUAACAGCCUUGGCUCUUUAAACAAGGAUUUAAGUUUGGUACGUGCUAUCUUGGGUGUGUGGUCAGGUGAGGGACUGGGUAACCUAAAGAGGAACUUAUCUUAAGUAGAUAUCAACAGGCAAGGUCAAGGCAAAGGUUCUACUUAGUAGUAAAUAGCUGGGAUCUAUUCAUGGAUGACAUGUUUAUUCAGCUUAGAGAUAAAAUUGACAUUUAUGGACACAGUUACUUUCUCAGUUUUAAAGGGGCAACAACUUUAAUUGGGAUAGAGACAGUUGAAAAGCUUCUCAUAAGCAAAUUUUACUACAGCUAAGGGUGUUCUAGAUUUCUGAGGUUGUGGAACUAUUUUGUUGUGUUUUUUUUUUCAUAGUGUUAUUUUAUUGCUUCAUGUUUUUUUUUUGGGAGGAAGAAAAAAAAGCUUGAAAAAAUAUUUUUUUUAGUGCUGUUUGAAUCGUAUAUUUAAAUUUGAACUUUUUUUGUGUGAAUUUUAUUAGAAAAUCUCACUUACAGUAAAAUAAUUAUUAUGGUGUAUAGAAUUGUUUCAAGUCGCUAUGCUCCAAGGGAUAUGAACUGAACUACUGUAAACCUCCCUGAUAAAGAAGCUAUGCUUUCUGAGUAUGUAUGGGAUUAUCUGUGUGUCCAUUUUAUGGCUGGUAUUAUGUAUGGUUAUUGCUUCUCUGUUUGAUUGUCUUUGAGCUGUGAAAGCCAUGUAACUCGCAAGCACAAGGAUAUCAAAUGUUUUCCCUUGAAACCACUAUUAUUUCAUGUUAUAAUCUGUUGAGAAAAUUAUUUGGGUUCUGGUUUAUAAGUAAUAGGAAUAAAUUACAGGACAUUUUUUUUAUUUUAAAGGAGAUGAUAAAACAGUUCUAUCAAAUGAAUAAGCAUUUUUGAUUAUAAACACUGAGAUGAUGCUCACUAUCACAACUUAUGAUGCUAAUUAUCAAGACUUGUCAAGUAAUGUAAAGUAGUGUCUUGAAUAUAACUUUCUCUCUACAUUAUUUUCAGCAUUUCUUCUCAAUGGAAUCAUUCAUUUAUCUCAGUGAUACUAAAUAAACUUUAAGAAAUCUGUCAUCGGCACAAGCAGGGCUCAUCUGUGCCUGAGUGCUUUUGGGUUCUAGGAGUUAAACAAGGUUGAAAAACCCUAACCUGCCAUGAGUACUGGCCGACGUAACACUGGCCCCCGGACCGGCCCAGCAGGGGGUCCCAGGGUUCAGCAAGCAAAGCUGGUCCUCCUUGGAGACCAAGGAGUGGGGAAAUCCAGUAUUGCUCUGAGAUUUGUGCGUGGUCAGUUCCCUGAACACAGUGAAGCAACAGUUGGAGGUAAUGACAAGUGCAGAACUAUUUGUGUCUUUAAAUGAAUAAUGAACAAAAGUUAAACAUAAUUUUGGCAACACAAAAACUUGACGACCACAUAAUAAAUAACAGAGAUUUUGUUCAUGUAUUAUUUUUUAAAAUUCAUAGCAAUUUUAUAACUUUUUUCUCUCUUAAAGCUGCCUUCCUUACACAGACAGUUCAAGUUCUAGGCCAGACUCUUAAAUUUGACAUAUGGGACACUGCUGGCCAGGAGAGAUACCACAGUCUAGCCCCAAUGUAUUACAGAGGGGCCCAGGCAGCCAUUGUUGUGUAUGAUAUAAAUAAUUCGGUAUGUUAGUUCUUCAUUUAGGGAAAAAAAUGUACUGUGAUAAAUUCUAAAACUGUUUUUUAUGUACUUUUCUGUUAUAUAAUGUCUUCUGGUCACUGUUAAAAAGGCAUUCAUUGAACUAGAUUAAUAAGAAGGUUGGUAGAGGGGGGUGGGGCGCUUCAGUCUGGUUAGGUUAAAGGAAAUAUGUAUAAAAGGUGUGGAAAAACUUUGGACGAAACAAAUUGACGAAGGUGUGCUCCAAAAAGCCUUUGUCAGAGAACAGGACAAGCAAAGAGUGAUAAGUAUAACAAUAAAAACUUAGUUGAAAUGUAUAUCCCAGGGAGCAGCAAGAUGAAGGUGGUAAACUGAGUGUUGCAAGUAGACCAAGGGGAAAGGAAAAGAGGAUAUGAAUUUGCACAGCAAUUGGUUUUAAAAAGAAAGUAAGGGUAAAUCAUUGAACUCUAAGGUUGCACACAAUUUAUUUACCACUGCUUAUCUAUGGUAACGAUUAAUUAAUUAUAUUACCCUGGCACUAUAAUUUUAUAGUGUGUUUCUAAAUCCAGUGUAUCACAUUGCUACAAUUGCUUUUAUCAAUCAGUGCAUUACAUUGCUAGUAUAGCUAUUCACCAACCAAUGUAUCGUAUUGCUGUCAUUGCUAUUCCCCAAGUUCAUUUUUACCAUUGAUUUGAAACCUGAUAACUUAUUCUAUCCAGAACACAUUUAACAGAGCAGUGACAUGGGUGAAGGAACUGAGGCAGCAGGCUACAGGCAACAUUGUGAUCGUAUUAGCAGGCAAUAAGGCAGAUCUGGCUGCUGAACACAGAGCUGUGUCAACAGAGGUCACGGACUACUCUUUUUUGUUUUUUUGUUUUUGUCUUCACUUAAUUAAAAACAUGUGGCUAUCAAGUUUUACAGUUUUUUUAAAAAUACUCUUUCCUGGCUAGUUCAUCAUACAGUACAGAGAGUUAUUUAUCACCCAGGAUCCAUUACCCAUUACUAGAUUAAACAAAAAAAAUUUAAUUGAUUAUUUUCACAUACUGUUUAAGGAUAUAAUUUCUAAGGACUAUUUGUCAUUUAUACAUUUUUGACUGAAGUAAAUAAUAAAUCUUUGUUGAAUGCUCUAUUUACACUCUUACAAAUCAUGGUAAAGGUCACAUAAAGUUGCUAGCCAUAAAAACCAUACCAUGAAACCAAGACCAGCCAUGCAUACAUAUUUUAUGCACCAAAGCCUAAUUGGUGACCUUGGCAAGAUGGUUUGAUAACAGGGCAACACCACUGUAGAGGUCAGAUGCUGGCAAUUAUAGAUACAUUUUUGUGCUGGAAAUUGUAAUUUCCUUUCCCCCCCCCCCCCCCCCCCCCCCCAGUAGUUUAACAUGCAUGGGACACACUAUUCAAUUUUUUAAGUAUCAACUUUUGGUUUUGUGGAAUAAUAACAAACUUAAUUUUAAAAGAAAAUUAUUUAAAGUUAAAAAGAAGAGAAAAAAAAGAUAUUUCCACAGCUGCAUUCGUGUUUCACUUGAGAAAUGAAAAGUUCAAGUUUUAUAGUUAUAAAAAUUAUCUUUGUUCUUGAUCUAAAAUCUUUAUAUUUCAUGCUACUUUUUUGAGGCCAGUUAUUUAAUUAUGUCAGUAAAAACCCAGGAAACUAAAACAAGAUGCCACAGAGACGUCGGAUGUUAGCUAUCUCUCUUUUUAAAGAAUUGUAUGUAACUGUUACUUAAAAUAAUAAAAGCUACCGGUUCUAUAUAAACAAUUUUUGUUAAAAUAAAGCUUUGUAAAAUGUUUUGAAAUUGUCAGGGAUGGGGGCUGCUCAGGCUCAUAUCUUUUUGAGUGGCUCAUAUAGUAGAUGGAGGAAAAGUCAUUUCAGUAAGAUCAAGAUUGAUUUUUUAUGCUGGUUGGGUCUGUUUCUUUGUGUAAACAAAAGUAAAAAUUAUGUGCAACCAUUGAUCUGUUUUCUAUUAUGUAGAACCGUUGAUUUGUUUUUUACUAUUUAUUAUUUUUGCAUAUGAAAGAGUUUGAUUGUUUUUAAAAAAUAUUUCAGGAUGCUCGAGCAUUUGCAGAAGAGAAUGGGCUGAUUUUUGCAGAAGCUUCAGCUAAAACUGGUCUUGCAGUGAAUGAAAUGUUCAUGAUGAUUGGUAAGGGACUAUUGUUUGAAUCCAUAGUUUGUGCAGAUAAACCAUGGAUGCAUGUAUUCAUUUGUGGAUAAAACAGUUUUAAACAAUAUCAGUAUUUUACAGCUUAUCAUGUCCAAAAUCAGUAUUUGACACUCUGGCAGGUAUGAUCCACUUAUUUGGUUGGACAUGUAGCCCUUAAAUUAACUAUUCAGAGUUCAAGGGAAAUAUAUUAGUGUAGCUUGUGCCAAUAAUUAGACCUUAAAAUAAUGCAAUUUUUUAAGUUAAAAAAAAAAAAUAGAAUGCAACAUUUUAUUUUAAAUAAAAUUAUUUAUGUUUGUAAUGAAAUCCCUUGUUGUUAAAAAUGCUGUUGAACAAAAACCAGGAAGAAAGAAAUCAAAACUACAAAUAUUUUCGCACAAGUAAAUUAUUGCAUAAUUUAAUUUGUCUCAUGUGACUAUUCCAGCACAUAAAAUGGUAUCAAAGGCUCCAGGAACGGUGGGUCAGGGUCAAGGUGUUCGACUAACAGGCGAUGAAGAAAAUAGAUCAUCAGGCUGCAGGUGUUAACAAAAUCUGCCAGGAGUCACACGAUCAAAACAGUGGGUUCAGUAUGUCAGCAGUGUAGUUUAAGUGAACUGAGACGACAUGUGGAACAAUUUUUCACACUCUUCUUUGAAGUUUCCUGCAACAUGGAGUAAAUUGUAGAAAAUAAGCAACCCCUGUCUCUGAAGUGAUAGGCUCCUUUAUUGCUCAUAGCAAUGGUUUUAUUUCUUUGGAUGCCUGCACUGCAUGGAAAGCUCUGGAGCAUUCUCAUUUCAAAUAAACAGUGUUUUCCUUAUUGUGAUAUGACGGAGAGGGUUAAACUUAACCAACAAAUACAUUGCUACAUCUUGGCCAGUUCCUGCUCUACAAAUAUUGUAUUUUUUUUUUAAUGAUCUAGUUGUUUUGUCCGUUAAAGUGGACAUCAGUUUAUCUUUUCAUCUGGGCCAGUUCCUGUCCCAAAAAUGGUGUUUUUUUUUAUGAUCUAGUUGGUAUGUGAGUAGAAGUGGACAUCAGAUUUUGUGUUCAACUGGGUCAGGGUUGAAUGACUCCUGGUUGUGUAGGGUUAUCAGUUGAGUGGGUUCUUUACUGGCCAGCAGUAGCAAAAUACACACAUUUAUACAGACCAUCAAAUUUUGGCAGGUUUACAGUGAUGAGUCACUGAGCCACAGAUCCUCAUUAUUUUGGUGGGGUCCAAUGUUUACUUAUUAAUAUCAAAAGUUAUGAUUGUGGCAAUAGCCAGCCCGGAACAAUGAAGGUCAGUGCAUUAUAAUUAAUUAUCUUCCUGAAGUCUUUAGUGUUUAUUUCAUGAUGUGUCUUCUUUUUUUCCCCACACCAAUUGAAAAAUUUAUUUAAAAAAAAAAUUAAAACUCACAAUUAUUUUGUUUGUAAUAAACCUGUUAAAACGUGUUGUAUAUAUUUAAACCAUAAUAUUCCUUAUCAACUUGUGGGUUUUCAAUUUCAUAACAUACUACAAACUAAGAAGAUCAUCACUGUGUAAUUUAAGUCGAUGGCAAUGCAAAAUAGAUUCCAAUGAUUGGAUAUUGGUUUCAUAAUAUGGCUGGUAGAUAGUGGGUAAGAUUUAUAGCCAUAAAAAAAUUAAAAAAUACUUUUUUUUUUCCUUUCAUGAACACUUUCAAAAACAUGAUUUUCUGUAUUUAGAUUAUAAAAUAUUAAUUUUCAUUUCAAAUUAUAAUGGCCUUUGAUAAAAUUUGUUUACUCAAGCAUAAGUUUGAGAUUAACCUCUGAUAAUCGCAUCGAACCAAAUCGUGCUGCAUCAAUGUUUUUUAAGUUAAUACUCAAUGUCCUAAAAAUUGAUUGCGUAAUUUGUUUAGUCUUAAAUAUGAUGUGGGCUGUGUUAAAAAAUGUUUAGUUCAUAUAUGUAUGAACAAUUCUCGUAGAGUGGACAUGUUUUUGUGGCAAGAAUCUGUUACCUCAGCAAAUGCAACUAUUUUACCCAUCAUUUACAUCACUCAAUAAUUUUCUCAUCUCAUCAGUAUAAUACUUUCAUUAAUGUACAUUAUUUAAUUGAUGGGUUCAUCUUAUUUUUAUUUUUUUGGGGUGGAAUACAGAAGGAACAAUUGACAGAUUACAUUUUAAAAGUUCCUUUGUUUUUUUUAAAAAUAAAAUAAUACCUGUUCAAAUUUAUCUUCCCAAAACACAAGGAGAUGUACAAAUGUCUUUUUUUAACCCUUGUCUAGGAUAUUAUUUAGGCUUUAGAUAUCAGAGACAGUUAAUUAUAAAUGAUAAAUAUCUAUCUAAUGUAUAUUUAUCUAAAUUUAUUCAAGGGUCAUCUCUAGGGUAAUUUAUCAAAUCCAAUAAAUAUCAAUCAUAUAUUGAUUUAAUUACAGAACAAUGUUAGAUCCUUUUGUGUGUUUGUCAUGUCAGUUAAAGCACGGUCAGUUUUCAUCAAGGUUGUGGUAUCACUUCUUAUAGUUUCUGUAGUCCCAUGCUUUGUUUACUACAGGUGCCCGCACAGAAAUCUUACUCAAUGAAAACAUGUACGUUGAGUCCAGUGCCAGUCAAGUCAUUUCUUAUCAGAUGAAUGUUUCCAUCAAUGUUUCCCUUUUAUCUUGAUGUCUUACAUUUUCACAUGCUCCCAGAGGUGAAGAUUGAAAAGUUCUCUUGUCCUUGAGCUGAGCAGCUUCUGUAUUAGUCUGUGUCUGCCCCAGUCUUGUAAAUACACCAGGGUUUAUGUUGCCUGUAUGUCUGGUUACAAAUAGACAUGAUAUGUUCUCAAUAACGUUAUUAAAAAAAAUACUCAUUACUUUGUGCAGGUCGGUCAGUCCUGGCAGAGGCAUGGAUCUAUUUACUUCCCGCUAAAUUUACUCUGGACUCUAUACUAUGUUCUGAGUCACUCUGGUGGAAGUCUUUUGAUUAAUUAACAAACUCAUAGUCAGAUCUUCCGUGGUCUUUCAGUGUUUACUCUCCCCGAGCAAACUUGGCCACUGUUUCUAAACUCUCUGACCAAUGUGUUUGAAAUAAUUUCAUUGAUUGUAUGUAUUAUUACUGUCACGUCAUUUAUUCAGGAGAUGCUCUAGGGCAUCUUACAAUAAAUUUUGAUAAUGAACGUCAGCCAAUUAUAUUUUGAAGUGCAUCUGCCUUCCAUGUACAUUACUUGAUGUGAUUUGUUAUAUAUAUUUUUAUUCAUGGCCGAGUAUGGACUGCUUGUAUAUAGUCAUUGGUUUUGGUAUUAAAACUAUAUAGCUAUUGUUUGACUUGAGAUCACUUCAUUUAGUUGUAUCAUUAAGUGAACUUCAGUUAGUAUGAAAAAAUGGCACAGCAAUAUUCCAAUGACCAUAGGUCCUCAUUGUGAAACUUCAAAACGAUUAACUUCAAGGACUGUGAUUUAAGCUAUUUAUUUUAAACUGGAAAAAAAUGAUAAUUUUUCUUAAUUAUAAAUUAUAUUAUUUAUCAACAGAUUUUUACCAUUUUAAUGACAACGGGUUUAAAGUAAUUAAAAGAUUUUGAGAAAUACCAUUCAUGUAUUGAGGAUACACAUUUUUUUCAAUUCAUUUUUUUAAUAAUUGUAUUAAAUUAGAUGUUUCAUAUGGUAUGUGCAAUCAUAUUCUAAUUAGUUCUCUACUUCACAGGUAAAAUGACCAACAAUUAACAGUAACAGUUUCCUUCUUAUUUUUAAGACCCAGUUUCAAAAUCUAGUGAGACAUCUCUGCAUGUUAUAUCACAUCGGUCUGUUGCUGCCCACUGGUUUAAAAAUGCUGAUGUCUUCUAUCAAUUAAAUAUUCAGUUUUCCAUUAAUUGAUUGAAAUCACAGGAUGAGUUAGAGAAUGAAUAUAUUGUGACUCUUAACCAAUCUGUAUCAAUGAUGUGAGCAAGCUAUACACAACAUUAUUCAAGUAUCACUCUGAAACAAACAUAUUUCAAUAUGUGGGUAACUUUAGAUGAUAACAAAAUCACUAGAAAAGAAAUCCUUGGUAGAAACAAAUAAUGGAACUCAAUGGUCAAAUAACUUCUAAACAAAUUUAUUAUAUUUUUGACAACAAUAAAACCAGUAUAUUUUAUGGCACCGGAGCUGCAUAUCUUUUGAACUAAUAGAGUAACACAUCUAUUUAAUUUUAUUCUGUAUCUUGACAUUUAUUUUUAUAUUUAUUUUUCCACACUUCAGCUUAAAGUUUAUGGGUACUGCCUAUAAACUUCUAACAUAUUUGUUAUCAAUUACCAGUUGUUGAAAUUUUGCUUCAUUAUGACUGACCUUUUGUUAUGUAUUUUUUUUUCUUCUGUUUUCUGUCUCUUAAAGCCAAACCAACUAUUCUUUUAGUUUUCCCAUUAUUGACAAAAAUUCUUUUUGAUUGAAUUCAUUGUAAACCUUGGGCAGUUAAUUAUUUAUUUAAAGUUCCAUGUAUUUAUUUUUCUAAGGAAAACUAAUUCACAUCAUAACCUAUAAAAUUGAUUCAGUUGUAAUUCCCUUUUUGCUGGUUAAGUAAAUGGGGAAAUAAUCAGAAACAAAGGGAAGUAAUCACAAACAUAACAUAUUAGGUGAGCUGCAUGAGUGAAGUCAAAUUACUCUUGUUUAUCCCAUUCAGUAGUUUCUGUACCAUUGAUCACUAAUCUGCUUAUAAACUGUCUGAAUUAUGAAAACAUAAUUGAUUUCCCACAUUGUUAUCAAAUAAAAUACCAGACUAAGUUGGAAGAAUGACAAGCAUCAUGUUUAGUUAUACUUUUGUCAGGUACACACACCUUGUGAAAAAUGACACAUGCAAUGCUUUUUCAACUGUUAAGGAACGCCAAUAAUUUAUGUUCAAUUUUAUUUCAUCAGUGUCAACUCUUUAAUUCAUCAAAGGUUAUACAAAAAAUAAAUAAAUGCAGUCCUGUAAAUUAAAUAUAAGUGUGCACUUAUUUCUUACUAUCACACAGAUUGUAUACUUUUGAUAAAAUUUCCCAAUUUAAAGGUUAUUAUGUAGUGAAAAGUCUGUAACUGUAUGUGUAUCCUUUUCACUAACAAUAUUUUAAGCACAAAUCACACCGUUUUUCCAAUUAUGAAAUAUUUUUCAAAUAAUUUAGAUUCAUCAGAGCUAAAGCUUCCAGUGAAUUUGAUUUUAUCUGUAAACUUUAAAUUUUAGUUAUAAAUUCCAUUAUGAUAACAUAAGAGUCUUUUAUUAAAAUUUUUUUUAUUACAAUGUACAUAUUCAUUUUCAGCACAUAAAUAAAUACAUAUCUUAACCAAGACAAAAUUUUACAAUUAUAACAAUUUAAACACAAAACAUCAAAAGUAGAAAUCAACUAUCAAUGAACUCCCUUAAUGACAAUGAGUUAAUUAGUGAUCAUUUAGAUUUGGUAACCACAGAGGGAGCAAGCCGGUAAAUUCACACAGACUGGGAACAAAAGCAUUAUAAGUACCCAGUAGUUUGAGAAGCCUUGAUCCAAAUAAACACUGAAUAUAAAUUUGAACUAAUGAACAUGAGUUAGAAUUUCAGAAAGAAAUAUUAACUUCUAACAUUUUUUUGAAAGAUGUUUUUUUUUAAAUUAGUGAUAUUUCAUGUGUUGCAUUUAUUUGUAUUGAACCAGAUACUUGCUGCAUAUCCUUCCAUUGCUUGUGCCAUAAUAUUAAUAGGUAAAAUUGUAACUGGAUACACCUGAAUGUCCUGAAAAUUUGGGGGUGAAUAUGAAAACACUUCAUUUCAUUUAUUUUCAUUACAAGAUAUUUGACUUAUUAUGUUAGGCUGUAAUAAAAAACAGAUGACCCAAAGCAAAGCUAUAACCAGGACAUAACCCAUUUGCACUAAACAACUUUUAGUCUUAUUAGUCUUAUUCUUUAUCCCAGUGAAAAAGCAUUACUUUAAUUUGAAUUCUGAUCAUAUUUAGUUGGUUUAAAAUGUAUUGCCAUAAAACAAAUACUGAAUUGCUAAAAACUGUAUUUGAAUGAUUUAUAUGUACUUUUUAAAACAUCAUUUAUUUAUUGAAAGGUAUUUUAUUUGUAUGCUUGUUGAGUGCGUGUGCUUCCAUAAUACAUGUACACUAUUAUAUUUUCUUGUUCAUAAUAAAUAACAAUAAAGUCAUAUUUCAA